UCGUCGGCCGACCGAAGCAAGCGGGCGCGCCACAGGAUUCGCGUCGCCGGCCGAACAAGGCAAACGGCCGGGCUCACCCUUGGACGCACGUCCACGCCGAGUUCCGCGGCUGCCAUGCCAACGCGCCUGCCGCAUGACCGUCCCUUUGUCUUGCCCUUGCCCCCGUCUCCUUCUCAUCGCGUCCCACCCAUAAAUACUCGCCGGGGAAGCGAAGCAAGCGAGGCGAGCCGGCCGCCGACCAACGACGAAUGCUCAGCGCAAACACGACGUGCAGCUGCAUGCGCGUACGUAACCCAGAGUCCGGGACACGUCCCCAUCCUUUUUGCCGUUUCGCGCUCGUGCAUGCACAGGCGUUCCGGUCCCUGACAGUGACACACCGCCGCCUAGGCCGAUCAGACGGGCGCUUGACUUGAUCGCCAUGGAGACCGUGCCGAUGAUGAUGCAGCAUGCGGCCGCGAUGGCGACGGCUUCGGCGCCGGCGAGGCGCCGCCACGGCAUCCGGGGGCUGGAUGGACGUGCGCCGAAUAGGGUCGCCUUCGGACGGGCAAGGCAAGGUGGCGGCAGCAGGGACCUGAGGGCCGCCGGGCUCGGGCGGUUCUUCGGCCAUGGCGCUGGCGACCACAACAGCAACCACGAGGUGGACGACACGGCCCCGGCGAGGCUGUUCGUGGGCCUGCCCAUCGACUCAGUCACGGACGGCAUGACGGUGAACAGCUCGGCGGCCAUCGCGGCCGGGAUACGGGCCGUCAGGCUCCUGGGCGCUGACGGGGUCGAGCUGCCGGUGUUCUGGUCCGUGGCGCAGCCCGAGUCCCCGGACAGGUUCAACUGGGCCGGGUACCAGGCCGUGGCCGACAUGGUCCGCGCCGAGGGCCUCAGCCUCCGCGUGUCGCUCGGCUCCCACGGCUCUCCCGGCGGCGGCCUCCCCACGCUGCCCUCCUGGGUCAGCGGCGCCGCCGACGACGACCCUGACAUCUUCUUCACUGACCGUUCCGGCGGGUGCCACGAGGACUGCCUCUCCUUCGCGGUCGACGAGCUCCCCGUGAUCCACGGCAAGUCCCCGCUCGAGCUCUACGAGGCCUUCUUCCGCAGCUUCGCCGGCGCGUUCGAGGACUUCUUCGACUCCACCAUAACCGAUGUGACGGUGGGGCUGGGCGCGAACGGCGUGCUCCGAUACCCAUCGUACCCGCCGGGAAGCGACGCCCGGAGGUUCACGGGGGUGGGGGAGUUCCAGUGCUACGACAAGUACAUGCUCGCGCAGCUGAGGCAGCACGCCAAGGAGACGGGGCACGCGAUGUGGGGGUUGUCAGGGCCGCACGACGCGCCGCGGUACCACGAGUCGCCGGACUCGUGCAACUUCUUCAAGGAGCAGGGCGGCUCGUGGGAGAGCCCGUACGGAGACUUCUUCCUGUCGUGGUACGCCGGGCAGCUGGUCGGGCACGGCGACCGCGUCCUCGGCGCGGCGAACGCCGUGUUCGGCGACAAGCCGGUGGAGCUGUCCGCGAAGGUGCCGUUCAUGCACUGGUGGCACGGCGCGCGGUCGCGGCCCGCGGAGGCGGCGGCCGGGUUCUACAAGAGCAACAAGAAGAACGGGUAUAGCCCCGUGGCCAAGAUGUUCGCGCGGCACGGGUGCACGAUGAUCGUGCCGGGCAUGGACGUGUGCAUGAACAAGCAGCACCACAGCACGGGGUCCAGCCCCGACCGGCUGCUGGUGCAGAUCAAGAACGCGUGCCGGCGGUACUGCGUGCGCAUCGCUGGCGAGAACGCGUCGCUGGUGAUGACGCACACCAGCAGCUUCUCCCGCAUCCGGAGCAACAUCCUCACCACCGAGCGCAUGCGGCCCUGCCACUUCACGUACCAGCGCAUGGGCGCCGAGUUCUUCUCGCCGGACCACUUCCCGCAGUUCAUGGAGUUCCUGCGCAGCGUCGUGUGCGGCGAGUGGGACGAGGAGGAUGCGCCGGGCGACGAGGAGAGCGAGAUGGCCAUGCUCGGCGGUGCCAACGCGAGGGAGGCGCGAGCAGUUUGAUCACCACAUAUGUCUCUGUCUGUCAUCUGUUUCAUUGACGUGCACUUAAUUAUACUUGUGAAGCUGCACUAGUAGCAGUGUUUAGCUGAGAAGAGAUGAUCCAAGUAUUAGUGGAUCAGGGUUGUAUUGUAUAUGCAUUUCAUUUGAUGAUGCUGUUGUAUUUGGAGAGUUUAUCAUGAUUAUACUGUCUCCAGA